GAAGAUCCAAGAACUUUUAAAAGAUUACAAAGAAGAAAUAUGUUAAUUUUAACAACAGGUGUUAUAAGUAUAAUCAAAUGAAUAAUUCAAUCAACUAAGUAAAACGGAAAAUUCAUUGAUUCUAAAAAAAUAAAUAUGCAUCGUUCUAAACUGCGUCUUAGACUUCUUUUAAAGCAACUGCGUGAUAAGAGAGAAUUCAGCAGGACAUGUAGUGUUCAGGUUAAAGAAGAUAACACAAAAUCAAUUUAUGAUCCUGAAAGUGAUGGGGAAAAAGUUAUGGAAAGACUUUUGCACCAAGCAACGAGAUAUGACGUAUUUUGUCGAGGACAUCUCUUGCAUGUUAUACAGAUGGCAGAUUUAUACCCGGAUUCUAAAAGUUUCGUUGACAAGAAAAUGAUAUACCCUCCAGCUAUGGUUUUAGAACAUUUUAACAGGUUUAUUCAUUCCCAUAAAGAUAGACCAAACCCAGAUGCUAUUAGACAAUUUGUUAAUACCAACUUUGAGGAUUUCCAAGAAUUAGAGACAUAUGAACCAUCUGAUUGGGUUCCCUAUCCGGCCAUUUUGAAAAAUAUUGCCGAUGUUCAUUUGAGGAAUUGGGCAUCAGAGUUAAAUAGUAUUUGGAAAAACCUUACUAGAAAACUAACAGCAGAAGUAGUGAAAAAUCCAGAUUUUUUUUCUUCUGUGAUCGUACCCAAUGGUUUCGUGGUGCCAGGAGGCAGAUUUAGGGAACUAUAUUAUUGGGAUACAUAUUGGAUUAUAAAUGGUCUUCUUAUCUGCGAUAUGAUGGAUUCCGCACGAGGAAUGGUUGAAAAUCUUCUACAUCUCGUUGCCACCAUCGGCCAUGUCCCCAACGGUGGUCGAAUAUAUUACGAACAAAGGACCCAGCCGCCAUUACUCACUCAAAUGGUUGAUUCUUACUACAAAUAUUCUUUUGACUUUGAAUUCAUAGCGUCAAACAUAAACUUGUUAGAUAAAGAAAUGGAAUUUUGGUUAAAAACGAGGACAGUAAAUAUCAUGAAACAUGGAAUCCAGUACACGCUGUUUAGAUAUUACGCGUCCGAUCCUGGACCUCGUCCGGAAUCAUACAGAGAAGAUCUCCAUUCUGCAAUAAUGACAGAGGAUCCAAUAAAAAAGCAAGAACGGUAUACGUCGAUAAAAACAGCUGCUGAGUCAGGAUGGGAUUUUUCAACGAGGUGGUUUAUUCUUAACGGUGAAAAUAAAGGGAAUUUGAGCAAUAUGCAAACUCACCGGAUCGUCCCGGUGGAUUUAAACGCCUUCAUGCAUAAAAAUUUUACGUUGCUUCAUUCUUGGUACAACAAAUUGAGAAAUAAAGGUAUGGCCAGAAAGUACAAGAUUUUAGCAAAGGAAUUAUUGACCGCCAUCGAAAACGUAUUAUGGGAUGAAGAAGAUGGGAUAUGGUUGGAUUACGAUUUAGAAAACGAUAUAAAUAGAGAUUACUUCUAUAUGUCAAACUUCACUCCUCUUUGGACAAAGUCUUACACUUUUCACCCAGAUCAGAUAACCAAAAACAUCAUUAAUUAUAUGGUGAAAUACAAUUUAGAUCGUUACACAGGAGGAUUCCCGAGUUCGACGGAGUACUCCGGAGAGCAGUGGGACUUCCCCAACGCCUGGCCGCCACUGCAAGCCUUCCUGAUCCAGGGUCUGGACAGGAUAGGCACCUACGAAGCCACGGAGGUGGCAUUUUACUUUGCCGAUAGGUACAUCCAUUCCAAUUACAAAGGAUUCAAGGAGCUAGGAGUCAUGUUUGAAAAGUAUGACUCACUACUUGUUGGAAGAACUGGUGAUGGUGGUGAAUAUGACGCUCAAGAAGGGUUUGGCUGGACUAAUGGCGUAGUUUUCGAAUUCUUACAAAAAUGGGGAGAUCGACUCAGAGCCUAUGACACUAAAUUUGCACCUAGAGUGAUUCCAAAAGAAAGUUUGCAUUUGAAAAACAAACCGAAAUAGUAAGAAUUAUGUCAAGAAGAAAUCGCUAUUGAAAAUGUUUAUUUUUUUUAAUAAAUAAUUUUUAUACAUUUCUUUUU